AUGACUGACAUCCCCCUCGGCGUCAUCCGCGCUCCCGGCCACGCCUGGAACGACAUUAACGCCGGCUUCACGAAUCUGCUCUCCGACCUGUCCGUCGAAGCCCUAACCCUCUACGGCAGCUCCGACCCUGGCUCCUUCUCAACCAUGGAGCACGUCGUGCGCUUCAAGCUCGCACAGGGCCCGCCGCCCGGGACCGACGAGAACCUGGCCCCGGGGUCCAAAAAGGGCGAUGUCCUGAGCAUGAUCAACAUCAGUGUGAUCUGGUGGACUGAAGAUGGCAAGAUGACACAGGAGUUCGAGUAUGGGCGCAUAACGUGGAAGGGUUUUACGAGUGAUCCUUGGGAUCCUCGUGCGGAGCCGAUGUGUGGGAAGGCUUUUCAUGUGGGGUUGAAAGGGUGA